AUGAACACUCGAAUUUACAAAAAGGUGUUGCUCUUCUUGGUGGCACUGGCUGUGGGCAGUUUAGCAGGAAGUGGCCUCUUGGUGCUUAUUCCUGAGGCGUUCGAAAUAGUUGGAACACGUGAAGAUAGACAUGCCUAUUUAUGGAUGGGAACAACUAUCAUGUCUGGCGUCUAUUUGUUCUUUCUCAUAGAAAGAUUCCUUAAAAUAGUUUUUGAAUGGAAAAUGAAAAGGAAGAGUGCUAGUGAAGCUGAUUAUGACAUAAUAAUGGAUAAAAAUGAAAACCGCCAAAUUGAAUGUGCAACAGAUGAACUUUCUGACAUUGUUUGCUCCGUGAAGUCCAAAACACCAGUUGACCUUGACACAGCCAAAAUGAAGGACCCUGCUAAUUAUCAUGCCUCAGCCAGUCAGUGCACAUCCCACCUGAGUCGGACAGAGAGUGUAGAUUCGGUCCAGGUGAAACUUCAAAAGAAAUCGACUCCUGAUGAUGGCUUGAAUCUUGAUGUCCCUAAUGGUUGUUUGCAUACAAGAUUAGAAGGAAAGAAAAAGAAAACCAUCAGGACUGUUGCCUGGAUGAUUAUUUUUGGUGACGGCUUGCACAAUUUCAUUGAUGGUCUUUCCAUUGGGGCUGCAUUUACAGCAAAUAUUAUGACUGGUGUGAGUGUUUCGGUAGCUGUCAUUUGUGAGGAACUGCCACAUGAAUUAGGUGAUUUUGCCAUUCUGCUGAAUGCUGGGAUGUCAAUGAAGCAGGCUCUCUGCUUUAACUUCCUCUCGGCCUGUAUGUGCUAUAUUGGACUUAUCUUUGGUAUUUUAUUGGCAGAAGCCACUGCCGCUCACACUUGGAUAUUUGGAGUGGCAGGGGGCAUGUUUCUGUAUAUUUCUCUUGUUGAUAUGGUGCCUGAAAUGAACCAGGUCGUUGAAGCCAAAGAAAACAAAGAACUGGGAAUAAUUCAACUAUUUAUACUGCAGAAUAUUGGAAUGAUUGUUGGUUUUGGAAUCAUUUUGAUUAUCUCCCUUUAUGCUGAAAACAUCAAAUUCGGCUCCUAA